GUGCUGACGCAUGCGGAAGGUGUGUGUGUGAGUGUGUGAGCGGUCGGUCGGCCGCUGGUUUUUAAUUAGUUUAUUUAUUUGUAUAUUCGGGAGAGACCCGGCGGCCGGACAGCGCGCGCGCAGCGAGCAGAUACUGAGCUUUAGCCGCGUGUCCGCCGCCGGUCAGGAGGAGGCGGAGAGCAGCCGGAGGGUCCCCGGAGAGGGAGCGAGGCAGCGGGAGCGGGAGGCGCAGGAUGGACGCCGCUAAAGCCCGGGGAGAGGACGGGGCUCGGCCGCCCUCCAACAACCACCUGCCCCUCCAGCAGCGGGAGAACGGAGCCGGGGACGAGCUGGUUCGCUCGGUGUCGCUGUACCGGCGCAGGCCGCGGCUCUUCCACGGCACCGUGCUGCCGUUCGCCGCCCUCCUGUACCCGGGCUGGAUGUACGUGUGGCUGUGGGUGUACGGAGCCGCGGAGUACCCGGAGGCCGGCCUGCUGGCCCUCGCCGCCAUCGGCAUCGCGCACGUCCUCACCGUGCUGUCCGGCUACUGGUCGGUCCACAUGCACUGCUGGCUCACCUGCUCCAAGGAACCUGAUCCAGCAAAGGCCAGCUUAGCAAAAGUAAUACCCACGCCUAACAAUGGUUCUGCUGAGCUGGUGCCGCUUCAGAGGGACAAGGACGAGGACGGAGGGGAGAUCCUGUCCUUCGAGUUCCAGAAGAUCCGUUAUGUGUUUGACAGGGAGAGGAAGCACUUUUUACCCGUGGCUUUCCCUGUCGACCAUCCAAUGAGCUACUUCCAAACAUGGAGAGGCUACCAGGAGGAGGCAGAACUGCGGGCGGCGGAGAAGCGCUACGGGACCAACCGAGCAGAGAUGGUGGUGCCUGAUUUCCUGGAGCUCUUUAAGGAGAGAGCCACAGCCCCAUUCUUUGUCUUCCAGGUGUUUUGUGUGGGGCUGUGGUGUCUGGAUGAGUACUGGUACUACAGUGUCUUUACCCUUUUCAUGCUUGUGGCUUUUGAGGCAUCUCUGGUGCAGCAGCAGAUGAGGAACAUGUCAGAGAUCCGCAGAAUGGGGAACAAACCGUAUAUGAUUCAGGUUUAUAGAAACCGUAAAUGGCGGCCUAUAUCCAGUGAUGAACUCGUCCCUGGAGAUAUUGUUUCAAUUGGACGCUCUCCUCAGGAGAACCUGGUCCCCUGUGAUGUACUGCUGCUUAGAGGCCGCUGCAUUGUGGACGAGGCCAUGCUUACCGGAGAGUCUGUGCCUCAGAUGAAGGAACCUGUUGAGGACUUGGACCCAGAGAGAAUUUUGGACCUACAGGCAGAUUCCCGUCUGCAUGUGAUCUCAGGAGGCACUAAAGUGGUUCAACACAGCCCCCCACUACGUGCCAGCGCUGGCCUCAAACCUGUGGACAAUGGCUGUGUGGCGUAUGUUUUAAGAACAGGGUUCUAUACUUCUCAGGGGAAAUUGUUGCGGACCAUUUUGUUCGGAGUGAAGAGGGUAACGGCCAACAACUUGGAGACGUUCAUCUUCAUCCUUUUCCUGCUUGUUUUUGCCAUUGCUGCUGCUGUAUAUGUGUGGGUAGAAGGGACCAAGGACCUGAGCAGGAAUAAAUACAAGUUGUUCCUGGAGUGCACUCUCAUCCUCACCUCUGUAGUGCCUCCUGAACUGCCCAUCGAGCUCUCACUGGCUGUCAACACCUCUCUCAUCGCCCUGGCCAAGCUCUAUGUAUUCUGCACAGAGCCCUUCAGGAUUCCUUUCGCAGGAAAGGUGGAGAUUUGCUGCUUCGAUAAGACUGGAACCCUAACAAGUGACAGCCUGGUUGUUCGUGGUGUGGCAGGAUUAAGAGAAGGGAAAGAAGUGAUGCCAGUGUCAGAAAUCCCUGUUGAGACGCACAGAGUCGUGGCCACUUGUCACUCCCUGGUUACUCUUGAUGAUGGUCAGCUGGUAGGAGAUCCUCUGGAGAAGGCCAUGCUGACCGCAGCAGACUGGACCCUAACUAAAGAUGAGAAGGUGUUUCCUCGUGCAAUAAAGACUCCGGGUUUGAAGAUUCACCAGCGGUUCCACUUUGCCAGUGCUCUAAAGAGGAUGAGUGUCCUGGCAUCAUAUGAAAAACUGGGCUCUACUGAGUUCUGCUACAUCUCCACUGUUAAAGGAGCUCCAGAGACACUUAGGAACAUGUUCUCCCAGUGUCCAGACAGCUAUGAUGAGGUGCACAGAGAGAUGUCCCGAGAAGGAGCCAGGGUUCUUGCACUGGGAUACAAAGAGAUGGGGCACCUCAGCCAUCAGCAGGUACGAGAGAUGAGCCGUGAAGCUCUGGAGUGUGACCUGACCUUCGCUGGCUUCAUGGUUGUUUCUUGUCCACUGAAGAACGACAGCAAAGCAGUCAUCAGAGAGAUCCAGGAGGCAUCUCAUCAUGUUGUGAUGAUCACUGGUGACAAUCCUCUCACAGCCUGUCAUGUAGCGAGAGAGCUCCACUUUAUCCAGAAGGAGCACACACUGAUCCUGCAGCCUGGACCCACUCAAGAUGAAUGGCAGUGGGAGUCUAUAGAUGGUAGCGUGACUGUGCCUCUGCCCCCUCCAUCUAUAUCAGGGCUGGUCAGCCGCUAUGACCUGUGUGUUACUGGAGAGGGGCUGACCAGACUCACCCACGACCCUCGUUUACUCAGCGCACUGCUGCCACACGUGCAAGUGUUUGCUCGUGUCAGUCCCAAACAGAAGGAGUUUGUCAUAACAAGUCUAAAGGGAUUAGGCUUCAUCACUCUCAUGUGUGGUGAUGGGACCAAUGAUGUAGGAGCUCUUAAACACGCCCACAUAGGAGUGGCGCUAUUAGCUAACGCACCAGAACGCUUGCCAGAGAAGAAAAAAAGAGGAAGAGAUAAGGAGGCACCUGCUGCUGACCCCAGACCCAUGCCUCCAAUCUCCAGUUCAGGGGGAAAGCUGAGCUCCAGAGCAGCCAGGCAGAGGGUGAUGGCCCAGCGAGAGGAGCAGCUUGCUGCACAGAAGGAGAGGAUCUGUCAGGUACUGCGGGAGUUGGAGGAGGAUCAGCUUCAAGUGGUCAAACUAGGGGACGCCUCAAUAGCUGCACCAUUUACUUCAAAACUUUCCUCAAUACAGUGCAUUUGUCACGUAAUAAAGCAGGGCCGCUGCACUCUGGUGACCACGCUGCAGAUGUUUAAGAUCCUGGCUCUGAAUGCUCUGGUGCUGGCCUACAGCCAGUCUGUGCUCUACCUGGAGGGAGUCAAAUUCAGUGACUUUCAGGCAACUCUUCAAGGCCUGCUACUUGCAGGCUGCUUUCUGUUCAUCUCUAGGUCAAAGCCCCUGAAGACCUUAUCCAAAGAGCGCCCCCUGCCCAACAUAUUCAACCUCUACACCAUCCUGACAGUUCUGCUCCAGUUUGCAGUGCACUUCUGCAGUCUAGUCUAUCUGUACAAAGGAGCACAGACCAGAAGUCCUCCCAGAGAGGAGCAGUUUGUUGAUCUGUACAAGGAGUUCGAGCCCAGCCUGAUUAACAGCACUGUGUACAUAAUGUCCAUGGCCAUGCAAAUGGCUACCUUUGCCAUUAAUUACAAGGGCCAUCCUUUCAUGGAAUCUCUUACUGAGAAUCGUCCCUUGCUGUGGAGCAUUGCCUUAUCUGGACUUGCCAUAGUGGGGCUGUUAACUGGGUCAUCUCCUGAAUUUAAUGAGCAGUUUGCCCUUGUGGAUAUUCCAACAGAGUUUAAGCUGGUGAUUGCCCAGGUCCUGGUGCUGGAUUUCGUCGCAGCGCUGCUGGUGGACAGAGUCUUGCAGUUCCUGCUGGGCAAAGGGACGCUGCGGUUGCCGAACUGAACUGUUCAGUCAGUAGUCGCCAAAGCAGCUGCUGCCUCCAGCGAGCUGACUGCAAACGGGGAAGAGAGGGUGCAGUCGCUGGUGGGCGGCCAACUCUGCGACGCUCAGAGGAAGCAGGGAUGGACAAGCAUGGCACUCAAUACUGUACACACACCAGUGUUCCCCGUCUGUACUCUCAUUCUCUCCCUCUUCUCCUUCUGUCUUUCUUUUUCUUAACUCUGACCUGUUGCUUUCUACGUCAGAUUAUGUUUCCCCUUCCUACCAUUCUAACCUCUGCCUCCCCGACCCUAAAAGGCCAAGAAGAUAACAGUAUUGUGUGGAAUGGGUGUGUGUGUUUUGAUGCGUUUUGACUCACGCAGCAGAGAGUGGCAUUCUCUAAGAGAACUGCAGAGUGAUUUAAUUUUUCUCUUUUUCCAUUUUGUAAAAAUACAAAUGUCUGAGAGACUUAUAAAAGACCAAAAACCA